UAACCCUUUUUAUCAUGCUAGAGGUUAAUAUAUUAUAUAAGUUAGUUAAGUAAGUUAACGCGACGCUCAGACCGAUCACAGUACGACAUCACAGUACCGCGAGAGCGAUUCGAAAGCUCGCGGAACAGUCCGAUCACGCGGUACUGUGAUGUCACAUGUUGAUCGCUAUGCGCAGCGUCACGUUAAGUCGAAAAUACUUAUUUUUUCAAACACGUGACGUGACGCCCCGCUCAAGAAAGCUCCACCCACCUCCGGCCUGCUUGUUCGCAAGGCCACACCCACCUCCGGCCUGCUCUCGCAAAGCCACAUACACCUCCGGCUGCUCUUCCUGUCAAUCAUGGUCCGACAACGCCCAUCGAGCGCUGCUCUCAUUAGUCGUUAACGCAAAGCUACGCCCGCACAAGCCUGAUCCUCCUGUCAAUCAGCGACAGGCCGCGCCUCCCUCCCGUGCCUCUUACACAAACAGCAGCAGUUGGAGAGAGUAAAUAGAGAAAAGAUGGCGGAGUUCAUUCAGCUCAACAAGCCCAUCGAACCGAAACCAGCGUCCCAGAAGCGCGAGCAGCAUCCUCUUCCGCCACCGGCCAAAAAGAUCCGGCAUGAGGAGAAAAUCUACAAAGCCAAGAAUAUGAACGGAGGCGCGGAGCAGCAGAUUCACAGCAACAAAGCCAAGAGCAAGAAAGACCGAGAGAAAGAGAAGAAGAAAUACAAACUGGCAACAACAGAAAAUCACCUCAGUGUGAAGAAGGAAAACGGCGAGGUGACGUCGCCGCAGAAAGAACACACCGUCAAAGACAAACCGAGAGACAGAGACAAAGAGUGCGAGAGAAAGAGAGAGAAAGAAAAGGAGGAAAAAAACAUAAAAGAACACAAACUUAUGACGGAGAUGAAGAGAGAGAAUGGAGAGGUGAAGAUCAUGCACAAAGGUGAUAGAGAGAAGAUAACCUCGGCCGAGGACCUGUUGAUGAAGAGGCUUAAGAAGAAAAAGAAAAAGAAGCAUAAAGAAGGUGAAAAGCGAAAGCGGGCCAAGAUGUACAGCAGAUCAAGUCAGACGCUUGGUUGUGAUCAUCUGCCCGGUCUGAUGUCCGCUUCUGGGGCAGAAUACAAGCCUCCUCUUUCCGUCCAGCAGAGCGGAGCUCUCUCCUCCAGCGCCAGCUUGAAGCAGGAAGAUGGCUGUGCUCAAAGCUCCAGCUCGGUCUGCACGUCCAAAGCCUCCAGAUUGCCUGGGCUGGACCGGCUGGAAUUUGGACGGUUUGUUCACGUGGAGCAUCAGCCGAACGGAGGUGCCCUGGUGGUGCAUGCGUAUAGCAGGGAGCUAUCGGUCCUGUCUCCUUUGGAGAUGCAGAGGUUUGCGCAGGAGUUUGUUAAGUUGGCAUUUAGCGAGGAUCAGGAUGGAGCUGCCAACUACGUGAUGGGUGUGAUUCACGGGGCUGCCUCCUACCUCCCCGACUUUCUGGAGUACUUCUCUACUAAAUUCCCCAACUCGCCUGUUAAAAUGGAAAUUCUGGGGAAGAAGGACAUUGAGACGACUACUAUGGCAAACUUUAACACUCAGGUCAAGAGGAGUUACUCUCACGGGACGUACCGCGCCGGUGCCAUGAGACAGAUCAGUCUAGUGGGUGCUGUGGAUGAAGAGGUGGGGGACUAUUUCCCAGAGUUCCUCGGCAUGCUGGAGCAGUCGCCCUUCCUCCAGCGGACGCUUCCGUGGGGUUCAUUCUCCAGUCUGAAGCUGAGCAGUCCAAUGGAGAGCGACGACGGUCCCAUCAUGUGGGUUCGGCCCGGAGAGCAAAUGAUCCCCGUCACAGACAUGCCCAAAUCUCCCUUCAAACGAAAACGGUCCACCAAUGAGAUUAAGAAUCUCCAGUAUUUGCCUCGAGCCAGUGAACCACGUGAGAUGUUGUUUGAGGAUCGAACUCGAGCUCAUGCAGAUCACAUCGGUCAAGGGUUCGAGCGGCAGACAACUGCGGCUGUUGGAGUUCUGAAAGCUGUCCGCUGCGGUGAAAGCGCUGAGCCUCCACGCAUUACCAAAGACGUGAUCUGUUUCCACGCGGCGGACUUCGCUGAUGUAGUGCAGAGACUGCAGUUAGACCUGUACGAGCCGCCUCUGUCUCAGUGUGUUCAGUGGGUUGAUGACGCUAAACUCAAUCAGUUAAGGCGAGAGGGGAUCCGUUACGCUCAUAUUCAGCUAUACGACAAUGACAUCUACUUUAUCCCUCGCAACGUUGUUCACCAGUUCAAGAGUGUGUCUGCGGUGUGCAGCCUCGCCUGGCAUGUCCGCUUGAAGCAGUAUCACCAGGACGCAGAGGAAGUUCACGAUGAGCGUGACGAGAUGAUCCAGAACAUCAAGCAGGAACCUUUGAGGGAUCAUGAAAAAUCGGAGAGCACGGACCUCAGAUCCUCAAGAGAGAUGCAGAGUGUACCCCAAAUCAAAGUCGAGUGGGUGGAGCCGACAGCUGAGAGAUUUCCCAAAUGUACACCUGUGACCCCGCCUCCUACCAUCUCGUCUGAUGGACAGUCCAAAGUGCUGCGUGUGUCAGAAUGUCCGAGCACUCCCUCAUAUCACUUGAGUGCUCCGCUCAAUGCUUCUCACAGCUCUGUGGCCAGUCCAUGCACAUCAAAACACACGCACACAUCCGCACCAACCAAACACGCACAUGCCUCUUCAUCCAAAUAUUUCCAUUCUUCCUCCUCCGCCCCCAAACCAGGACACACCCCCUCAACACCAACCAAACCAACAGACUCUAGAAACACAGCCAAACCAACACACUCCAGUAACACAACCAAACCCACACACUCCAGUAACACAACCAAACCCACACACUCCAGUAACACAACCAAACCCACACACUCCAGUAACACAACCAAACCCACACACUCCAGUAACACAACCAAACCCACACACUCCAGUAACACAACCAAACCAACACACUCCAGUAACGCCACUAAACCAACACACUCCAGUAACGCAACCAAGCCUACACACUCGAGUAACACCACCAAACCUACACACUCGAGUAACACCACCAAACCUACACACCUUAGUAACACAACAAAACCGACACACUUUAGUAAUGCCACCAAACCGACACACUUAAGUAACGCCACGAAACCGGCACACUUAAGUAACGCCACCAAACCGGCACACUUAAGUAACGCCACCAAACCGGCACACUUAAGUAACGCCACGAAACCGACACACUUAAGUAACGCCACCAAACCGACACACUUAAGUAACGCCACCAAACCGACACACUUAAGUAACGCCACCAAACCGACACACUUAAGUAACGCCACCAAACCGACACACUUAAGUAACGCCACCAAACCGACACACUUAAGUAACGCCACCAAACCGACACACUUAAGUAACGCCACCAAACCGACACACUUAAGUAACGCCACCAAACCGACACACUUAAGUAACGCCACCAAACCGACACACUUAAGUAACGCCACCAAACCGACACACUUAAGUAACGCCACCAAACCGACACACUUAAGUAACGCCACCAAACCGACACACUUAAGUAACGCCACCAAACCGACACACUUUAGUACCACAACCAAACCAACACACUCGACCACCACAACCAAACCAACACACACGACCACCACAACCAAACAAACACACCCCAGGAACACAACCAAACCAACACAUUUAACUAACCCAACCAAACCAACCUACCUUGGUAACACAAUCAAGCCAACACACUCUAAUAACUCUGCCAAACAAACCCAACCCAGCUCAAAACUGAGCUCUGGACUGUCAAUCAGCUGGACUACUCCUCCCUUUAGCCCAUCCCAGAUUCCACCCCCUCCGAGGCCGGACCGACCUCAAGACUCUCUGCACCCAAAGGUCAUUCAAGCGCAUGAGCCACACAAAGACUUUUUAUACUGAUUUGUACAGAACAGUUUUUUUAAAUGGCGUUUCUUUUAAUCCUGUUCCCUUCUACUGGAUGGUUUUCUUUUUAAACCCUUUGAAAAAUAAGCAGAGAAAGAAUCAUCCCUUCAUCACAAUGAGUUCAAAGAUCAAUCUGUGCUGAACGUCAGAUCUGUUUAUCCAUCUCUCUCUGUCUCUUCCUCCGCUUCAGGUUGUCGAGAUGGCAAAUGUAGCUCAUAACAUGUUACUCAGUGCCUGUCCGUAACUGUGAAAUAUGGAAGCACUUCAGCUCGGCUGCACACUGAGAAUAUUUGUCAAACUCAAACAGGUCCUUGAAUAAUAUAUUUUCAGUUGUAGGCUUUAGUCAGAGCUGACAUGAACAUAUAUAUGUAUAUAUAUAUAUUUUGUAAGAUGACAGAAUUCUUUUAAAAGACUCUAUAGGCUUUUCCAUAGAGUUUAUUUAUAUCAAGGGAUCCUUUGGUUCUGUUCGACCUUGUCAGCACUGUAGAGUACAUAACAUUUGUUUUCUAAAAGAAAUGUGUAGUGUGAUUUAUACUGAACUAAGGACCUGCUAAUAAAAGGUUCUGUCUGUUG